UUCAUCCUUGUUUUCCAGACAAUUUAUACUACAGAUUUAGCAAGUUUAUGGGUAUUGGAACCCAACCAAAUCCCAUUUUUCUUGACUCAAAGCCAGCUAUCAUCCCCAAAAAACUUUUAUCUGUUACACUUAAUUUCUACUCUUCUCUGAACCAGUCACGUUCAAUCCUUCAUAUUAUUGUUCAUAACUUCAUAUUUUAGAACCUCAUUUCUUGUCCACAUGGAACCGCUCUCUUCAAGUUCUUCCUCUCUGUAUAUGACCAGCCUCAUUUUGCUUGUGAUUUGCAGAGGCACUUCAGGGGCUACAUUUACGUUAAUAAACCGGUGUGACUACUUAGUGUGGCCCGGAAUUCUAGCCAAUGCAGGUAGCACCAAGUUGGAUAGUACCGGGUUUGAACUCCCACCGGGUGGGUCUAAGUCCUUCCAAGCUCCAUCAGGCUGGUCAGGGCGGUUCUGGGGCAGAACUGGUUGUUCUUUCGACAUGAAUACGGGGCAAGGAAGCUGCGCCACCGCUGAUUGUGGCUCCAACCAGUUAGAGUGCAAUGGUGCCGGAGCCACCCCACCGGCAACUUUAGCCGAAUUCACAAUCGGGUCGGGUACCGACUCCCAUAACCAGGACUUCUAUGAUGUCAGCCUGGUUGAUGGGUACAACUUGCCAAUGAUUGUUGAAGCAAAUGGUGGGUCGGGUAUGUGCGCGUCAACAGGGUGUGUGACCGACUUGAACCGGAUGUGCCCGUCAGAGUUACGGGUUGGUGAUGGCCAGGCAUGCAAGAGUGCAUGUGAAGCGUUUGGAAGUCCAGAAUACUGUUGCAGCGGCGCAUAUGGUUCACCCGCCACCUGUAAGCCGUCCGUUUACUCGGAAGUGUUUAAAUCGGCAUGUCCGAGAUCAUAUAGCUAUGCCUACGAUGAUGCCACAAGUACCUUUACGUGUACUGGGGCUGAUUAUACGAUUACAUUCUGCCCUUCAUUACCAAGCCAGAAAUCUUCAAGAGAUUCUCCAAUGUCAAUGACAACAGGAACAACAGAUGGGUCAGGAUCCGGAUCACAACAAGAGAACCCAACGUCACUCACCUCAUGGUUACCCAGCUUUGUCACCGGAGACUCAUCGACGAUCACUUCACAUUUUGCCAUGCAAUUCACACUGAUUGCUUCUCUAAUCCUCUUUUAUACCCUCUCGUUUCUUCAUUUCUAGUCACCUUCUCUCCGGAAAAGCACGUGCCUCAGCUUUUGGUGACUUGACGCUCACUUCACGGGGAAGGGUGGUACUGGUAGCCACGGCCAGAUUGUAUAGCACAAUUUUCCGUGCCAGAUGUAUAUAUUAGUUAUUUUUGGUUGGAAGCAUAACACAUUGCUUGUAUUAUUGAUUUCACAUUUUCUUUUUAAGUUUUCAAAGAUUGGUAAGAAUCAGAAGAGCUGGC